AUGCUGAGCGCCGACAGGAUGGAGGAGUUUCAGAGCGAGGAAGAGGAGCCCUGGUACGACCAGCAAGACCUGGAGCAGGACUUGCAUUUGGCCGCGGAGCUGGGGAAGACGCUGCUGGAGCGCAACAAAGAGCUGGAGGACUCCCUGCAGCAGAUGUACGCCACCAACGAGGAGCAAGUGCAGGAAAUCGAGUACCUGACCAAGCAACUAGAGAUGUUGCGGCAGAUGAACGAACAGCAUGCGAAAGUCUACGAGCAGCUGGACCUGACAGCACGGGACCUGGAGCUAGCUAACCAGAAGCUCGUGCUAGAGAGCAAGACAUCCCAACAGAAGAUACAGUGCUUGACGGAAACGAUCGAGGGGCUGCAGAACCAAGUCGAGGAGCUGCAGAAGCAGGUGGAAGAAAUGCGGAGCUUGGAGCAGCUCCGCAUUCGGCGGGAGAAGAGGGAACGGCGCCGAACCAUCCACACCUUCCCCUGCCUUAAGGAGCUGUGCUCCAGCCCCAGGUAUGAGGAUGCAUUCCAGGUCCACAGCUCUUCCACAGAGUUCAACCAGAAGCCACUGGAGAGGGAGAAUGAGCGUCUCCAAGCCAUGGUGAACUCCCUGAGGUCCCAAGUCAAUCAGGAGAAGCAGCGGAAGGAGAGGGUUGAGCGAGAGUACACCUCCGUUAUUCAGGAGUACUCAGACCUUGAGCAGCGUGUGUGCGAGAUGGAGAACUGCAAACUGCGCAUCAAGGAACUGGAAGCAGAGCUCCUAGAGCUGCAACAGAUGAAACAAGUCAAGAAGUAUUUGCUCAGCAGAGAGGACAACUUGUCUGAGGCCCUCCUUGAGCCACUGAAUAAUGCCCCAGAAGCAGACUACAUCGACCUCUCUGAGGAGGAGGGAGGAAAAAGUCAUGGGCCAUCAAUGACACCUUCCCCAAACCACCCUGUCCGGAAAAGCUGCAGUGACACAGCCCUCAAUGCCAUUGUGACCAAGGAUGCCGUGAGCCGGCACGAGGGCAAUUACACGCUGCACGCUAACAACGUGCGCAAACGCGGCAUGUCCAUCCUGAGGGAAGUGGACGAGCAGUAUCACGCCUUGCUGGAGAAGUACGAAGAGCUCCUGAGUAAAUGUCGGCAGCACAAGGACAGUGUGCGCCACACAGGAGUCCAAACGUCCCGGCCCAUCUCUCGCGACAGCUCCUUCAGAGAUUUCCGAGGAGAGGGACACGAGUUGGGAGAGAUUUACAAGCGGCUGGAGCAGAGCCAGCCCGAGUACAAGGCUCUUUUUAAGGAGAUCUUCUCCCGCAUCCAGAAAACAAAAGCAGAUAUCAAUGCCACAAAGGUGAAAAACAAGAGCAGCAAAUGA